AGGAAAUGUUUGUUACUGUUUCACGUAGGACAAGGCUGCUCUCGGCAUUCAAAGGUUCAGCACUGCUACAAAACUUCAUGCGUGGGAACUGGUUUGGAUAGCAAGUAAUAAAAGAAAAGUCAGUAGUUUUUGUUUGGCCAUACGUGGUCUUUUGUACCGAUGAAUCACGGAUCCUUUUGUUAUUACGGUGGUGCAUUCUUGUGUAAUUCACUAAUUGGAUGCAACAUGUGAAAUGAAAUAAUUUUAUGUUUUGUUUUUUUUUUUUAUUUUGUAUUUCAUGACGUUUGAAUCUUAGGACAUUGCACUUUAUUAAGGUACAUACAAAGUUAUGGAUGGGGAAAGCGAAGUGGAUUUGUCUAACAAUAACAUUUCUCCGAUUUGGAGGAUCUCUACCACUCUGCCAGGUUCAGGGGAAAGAACUAAUCUCACUCGCAGACCUAGACCACUGUCCUACACCAGUCCCAAUGGGGUACUGGUUACAGACUUUCCAGUAGAAGAUACAGGCACAUUUACUGUGACUCAGCCUGCUGAGAAAAUAGUAACUACACCUGAAAAGAAAUUGCAUCAGAAAAAUAAUUCAUCUUAUCUGCGAUUAAGUCUGGACUCGUUGCCAAAUGGGAAUGUGCAUUCUCCUCCAAAAGAAGUAACAUGCCAAAGACAGUUACUUAAAAAGUCCCCCCAGGCUUCCAGAGCUGUUUCAAGGAACUGUGAAAGUAUGACACCCAAUGGGAAAGAAUUUUUUCCCUAUGAUCAAAAAGUCUUUCAAAAAAAAAAUUCAAAGCAAUCGCCUGUACCUGCAGAGAAAGAACAGAUUAUUUUCGGUUCAGCUCCUGGCUUAUCACCUACAGCAGUAAUGGACUCUCCUGCUAAUCACACCAGGAUAGCAUCUAGGUCAUGCCAGACCCCAGAUGUAGAUGACACAUCUCCGAGUUCCUCUGUUGUUCCCACAGAAGCUGACUAUGACAGCAAGCCACAUUUCCAGAGGCAGAUAUCUGCUCCAUAUCAUGCCACUGAAAAACAUUCUGUAGUUUUAAGUACCCACAGCCAAGCUGCUCUAAAAGUUGGAACUCAGCAGAUCAUACCAAAAGGUUUAGCUUCCGAAACGAAAGGAACAAACAAAAACAAAUCCCAAAACAGUCUAAAUUUAGAUGCCAGUAAGAGGAUUGUCAAGAGCCACAGUAUGGUGGAGACAUCUUCUAGUCAUUUAUUGUUUCAUGGCAAUGAUGGAGAUAUUGACAUUGAUAUGGACAGUCUUGGGACUUUCGAAAGGGGAUUAAGAUCAACUUCCUAUCGUAGAGCUGUUGUCAGUGGAAUUGAUUUUGACAGCAGUUCAAAUAAUAAAACACAGAACAGGAUAUCCCAACCAAACUUGCAUGAAGUUGUGGAAAAUAAAGAUAAAUUCUAUAGCCUUGGAAAUAAAAAGAAUAAGAUCCUUGAAGGCUAUUCAAUGUUUGGAGCUGAAGAAAAUGCAGUGCUUUAUCAAAAUUACAAAGAAAAGGCUUUGGAUAAUGAUUCAGAGGAAGAGACUGAGAUUAAGGGACAGAAAUCUGAAAACAGGAUCAUCGUCCACCACAAGCCCUUGAGAGCGAUGUGGAGUCAGCUUUCGUUGGUAAAACGGAAUGGUGUGUCACAGAAACUCAGCUUGGAAGAAAGAAAGAGGCAAGAGGCAAUUUAUGAAGUGAUCUCAUCAGAACAGUCCUACUUGCGAAGUCUUGAGAUUCUAAUUCGGAUGUUCAAAAACUCAAAAGAACUGAGCAACACAAUGACAAAAACAGAAAAACAUCAUCUCUUCUCUAACAUUUCUGAUGUCUAUGAAGCCAGCAAAAAGUUUUUCAAAGAAUUGGAAGCCUGUCACCAACAAAAUAUUGUUAUAGAUGAUAUUAGUGACAUCAUGGAGAGGCACACCAUGUCGACUUUUGACCCUUAUGUGAAGUACUGCACAAAUGAAGUCUACCAACAACGUACUCUUCAGAAACUUCUACAUGAGAAUCCAGCCUUCAAAGAAGCCUUGUCAAAAAUCGAGUCCGAGCCUGAGUGCAGGAACUUACCCAUGAUUUCUUUCCUGAUCCUGCCAAUGCAGAGAGUCACACGGCUGCCACUACUGAUGGAUACAAUCUGUCAGAAAACUCCAAAAGAUUCUCCACAGUAUGAAUCCUGUACAAAAGCAUUAAAAGCAGUUGGCAAGCUGGUUCGGCAGUGUAAUGAUGGUGCUCGACGCAUGGAAAGGACAGAAAUGAUGUAUACUAUCAACUCACAGCUGGAAUUUAAAAUAAAGCCAUUUCCUCUGGUUUCCUCAUCACGAUGGUUAAUAAAGCGGGGAGAACUAACUGCAUUUGUUGAAGAAACUGGAAUAUUUAAACGCACCACCAAAUCACAGGUCUACUUAUUCCUGUUCAAUGAUGUGCUGAUCAUCACAAAAAAGAAAAGUGAAGAAAGUUACACAGUUACAGACUACGCACUAGGAGACCAGCUGUCAGUGGAACCAUGUGACAUGGAGGAACAGAGCGUGUCACCAGUGAAGACUACCUCAGGGAUGCUGUACUCCAGACAAAGCUCUGCGUGUUACGUCUUCAAGCUAACCAUUCAUAGUAACCGUGCUGGGGAAAGAGUGGAAAUGCUGCUUGGUGCAGAGAGCUUGAGUGACAGAGCUCGCUGGAUAAGUGCUUUGGAACGCAGCAGCAGUGACAAGCUGAUAACAGAUAGAAAAACAUUACUUCAAGUGGAAAUCAUAAGAAGUUACACAGCUAAACAGCCAGAUGAGCUUACUCUUCAGUUAGCCGAUGUGGUGCUGGUUUAUCAGAAAGUUAACAGUGACUGGUAUGAAGGAGAACGCUUGCGUGAUGCAGAAAGAGGCUGGUUUCCUGCGGACUGUGCACGGGAGAUUACAUGCCAGAUGACAAUGGACAAGAACAUGGAGCGGAUGGGGCGUUUGCUUGCAUUAGAAACAAAUGUAUAGCUGUGACUUGGCAUUCUGUGUGCUGCCAUCUCCCCACCAUGAGAAUCUGCACUGACGAUUGAUGUGCAAAUGCAUCUGAGAUGUAGUGGUAACACUCCACCAAUAGAAAUAUUUAUAUCGUGAAGAAAUGACUAAGAAACUGAUUUCAGAACAUGGUGCAGAUAUUACCACACUUCCUAUGAUCUUACUCAUCUUAGAGGCGUGGUAUUGCCUCUCUUUGCACUACAAACUUGAAUGUCUCUGAGACCUUUGAGAAUUGGUCUAUUGACAUUGACUGGUCAAAAGCAUUGACUACUUUAUUACUGAAACAGGGAAUGGGUGUAAUAUUUUUAUUUGUAAAUAUUUUUAAAUUGUAGGAUCAAGUCUUGGGGUCUGCAUGUUUUUACUUUUGUCCUUCUUUAAAGAAGAUUCAUAUCAGGGAUUGUAAAAUUUUCUAAUGCAACUAAAAUGUACAGCCACAUUAACUAUGGAAUUUGAAUUACAGUUUUUUUUUAUCUUGGUUUGUUGAAUUGACUGGUUAUAUUACUGGUGAGUCCACUAUGUAUCUGAUAGCAAAAUGAAUGAAGACUUAUCUACACUUUACAGAAAGCACUAAGGCUCGUCUAAUGCAGCUGUAACCUGCCAUUAAGAAAAAUAAGGAUUCCCUUACAUGGUAUUGGAGUCAAAGUGUGUGUGUGGGGGGGGGAAUAAAGGCAAAGGUAACACUGAUUAUUGAACUAACCACCCUUUCUGACUGUCUUGUUGUACAUCCAGAGAGCACCAGAAAAUUAUAAAGUAUAAGAGGGAUAAAACACUUGCUGCAACCUAGGUGAUGAAUUCAAAUAGCUUGGGUGCUGGAUUUCGCAGACAUGGAAGGUGUGCAUGUCCAUCCAGAGUAAAAAAGAGAGGUAAGUGAAUUUGGGGCCCAUGGUCUGUUUUCCCUGGUGAAGACCUAGGAGACAACUGUGCAUUGCUGCCUAAGAGUAGGCAAGGCAUCCUGCUGACAUCAGCCCCUUAGAGAAGUAAGGGGAAGUUCAGCACUGAUGCCCAUUGCAAAUCCUGCUCUUGGGGUAUUACCAUAUAUGCACAGGGUUGUAGGGUAAUUAAGAGAAACUCACCCUGGUAGCAGUGUGACACUGCCUCAGGUUCCUUAAGCUCCUGUCCGGCACUGGACAUAAGUCAGGAUUAGCCAGGGUUCGGCAGUAGUGGGUCUGAUAGACCUGGAAGUGAGGAGAGGACCUGGGUCAGGAGUAGCCAGAGUGAGGCACCAGUAAGUGUGGUAGACCUGGAGGUAAGGAGAGGAACUGAGAGCAGCUGAUGAUCAGCUGUGGGAAGCCAAAAAGAAGCACCAACAAAAAUAAAUUAUAAACCGUUAAGACCUGCAAGAAGAAACUAGACUAGAGCAUUUUGAAACAGGAUACCCAUACAGUUCUAGUCGUAAAGGCAUACGUUGGACUAAUACAGCAGUUCUAAGCAUAUUAAAUGUUGUACUAAUGCAAGUAGCACCCUAAGGAUUAUAUAUAAGGAGGCAAGUCUGGAUAUAUUGCAGGUGCUGAGAGUAGCAUUCUUGGCAAGCAUCAAGGACUGAAGAGACACUGAUUUCAUGAACUUUAACUGUGCCGUGACUUACAUAAAUGCAAUCUGUUCCCUGGGAUGGUAUUGAAAACCUUAUACAUAGACAAAUUAAAGCUGAGAGAACUUACUUUGAGCUAAUGUACACUAUUUCCAUUAUAUGUGAAAUAGCAUUUUGAGUUUAAGGACCUAAAGCCCUAUUAUUUACUGCCAUAAUCUUUUAUAAUUACCUUAUGCCAGGAUCUAGGGAUAUUUUGCAAAUUGGUGCCUAACUACUCAUUUUGUUUUAUUUGAAAAUCUUUACUGCUGUUUAUUUUUUUUAUCCCUACAAGCUUAGUUGCCAUUUAGAAAGCUGCUAAGAGUAAAGACAAGAUAAAUGUUGUUUGAGCUGCUUCGGACAUAUUCUACAAUUAUACCUUUUCCUGGAGCUUGAUAAUAUAGAAUUCUGCCCAAACAUGUUACAUUUCUCCAGAAGAAAUUCCUUUGGUACCAUCUGCCUCUGCAUUUAAUUCCUUGCUUUGAAGUUAUAAAUAUUUGGUCUCCAUUUGUAUACCUAAUACGGUAUUAUUCUUAAUACAUGUAGGGAGAUUUGUAAAUAGCGCUAGUAUAUGUAGAGAGAGUUGUGAACAGCACUAGAGUUGUUUUAAUAUAUAUUAACUCAGUAAUAACAAGAAAAUUUAAUACAAUUUCUGACGUAAAAUUACAUGCAUAUGUGAUUUUAAGUAAACAUAUCUUUAAAGUGUAAAUGGCUCAUUAGUGAACAACUUUUGUGUAUAUGUCAGUUCAUUGUAUACAAUCUGAACACACUGUAUGAACAGGCAGUGAAUAGCUAGAUUAACCAGGAUUGUGAAACCCCAUGCCUAAAAUGAAAAGAAAAAAAUUGAAUUGCAUACUAAAUUAUAACAGGAUUUUUUUCCCCUGACCUAGUCAUCAUUCCAUAUAACACUUGGUGUGAAUGUAUUCAGUGGUAUAAUCAUUAGUUACUCCCAAAUGAAGGUUUGUACUUAACAUAAUGAUCGAUCUGCAAUAGUAGGACUGAUGAUGGAGGCAUUAGAACCAUUUAACACGUAGCUUUCUCAGGCUGAUUGUAAGCCUUCCUGCUUCCCAUCAUGUACUGUGGAUGCUCUUUUUGUUCAGGUCUUCUCUACUUGCACGUAAACAGUGUAAGGAAGUAAAAAAAGAAUGAGAGCAGGCAAUGAAAAUCCAGACCAGAGACAACAAUGGAGAGUAUAUUAUGGAGACUGGACCUCCUCCUUUCAGAGCUGUCAUUAAAGUAAGUACAUAAGCUUCAUAUCUGAUAAGAGGUGCAUCAGCAGAACAGUCAGAAGCUAAUCUUGCAAAACCACAUAAAAUAUAAAAAGCGUUCAUACAACAAAAACCGGCAACAGAACCCUUAAAAAAGUUAAAACUCUGGUGCCUAGGCACUGCCUUUAAAGGUGUUAGAAGCUAGUCUUCCUGGAUGGACAUCCUCAUUGAAACUUCCAUGAAUAAGCAUGACCUCCAUAUAAAGCCCUAGAUAUGGAGAUACAGGUUGUAGUGUCUUGCAAAGUUAUUGAAGGAAGACCAAGUAGCUGAAGCACAGAUAUUGUCUGAGGACGUGUUAAGAAGUAAGGUAGUAGAGAUGGUUGCUGCUGUAACAAGCACAAGUGAAGUUUAGAAAUAUUUUGUCCUAGUCUGCUUUAGCAAAGAAAAAAAGGUUGAUCUUGAUUUUUGUCAACAUUGAAUCUGUAUUUUCUUUAAAUGUUCAUACAGUGAAAAAAGAUAACCCUAUUACUGGCUGAUGUAGUUGGGAGUAAAAUGGAAAAUUGAUGCCUAAACUUUUAGUGGUCUCAGUGGCCACUUUAGGCAGUAAGAGAAACUUUGCCUGAAACAGAAAAGAUAUUUUUACUGAAAGAGCAUGAAGUUGGGAGAUUUUUUUUCCCGGUGGAGGUAAGAGACACCAUAAAGAAGUUUUGUCAGGACAAGUACUUUAAGUAUGCAGGAUAAGCAAGUUCGGACAGUAGAGUUAGGUCUUCCAACACAAGUCCUGUAGUAGGUCAUGGUCCAGACAGGGGCUUAAGAAGAAAAUGUCUUUUUUCACAAGCAUUACAGACUUUAAGGUAAAGCAUGGAAGUAGAGUUUAGAAUUGACUGAAAACUGGAGAUAGCCAAAGGAUGAACUUUGAAGAGUAAAAGUUGCCAGAAAUCAAAGAUGUCUAAAAGGCAGUUUAGAAUGGAAAGAACAGGAAAUCUAAAGGGGUCUGGCCCUUUUGAGAUGCCCGAAGGAACAGUUUUGUGAAUAGUCUUUGAAGUACAAGGUUUUUAGAAAAGGGAAGAACUUUGUAUCCAUUGUGAUGGAAAAAGGUUGAAUUAAAAGCUAGUAGUAGAAUUGGAGAAGUUAUGCUCCAAGACUUAAUGAGUAAACAGUGGGUGAGGUUUACUGGAAAGGAAGAUCAAGGUGACCUUAGUGAGACAUAAAGCACACAUCUUCUUCAGCACAUAUAAAUGUGAAGUGGAGGAACCAUGACCUUUUGAGGCCAAAGGAGGCUAAAAGAGUAAACAGAUUUUGAGGAGCAUGUUCUUCCUUUGUUACUACCUCAUCAUCAGAACAAAUGAGAGGGGGAACAUAGAGACCACCAUGCAGCUGUCUGCAUAUCGGUGCAUUAUUGGGCUGACCUGCUUCAUGAAGAAUGAGAGAGUUGCAGCUCUUGUGCAAAGGUGAAAAAUGUCACAUCACAAUUUGCACCACAGAUAGAAUAGCUUCUGUGCAAUGGAGUUGCUGAGAGACUAUUCAUGGGACAUCAGGAGACAAUGGCUUAGUCUGUGUACAAAAGAGUUAAUGUCUUAUGAAAUUUGGUUAAUGAUGAGGAAGUGGUUACACUGAAAAACCCUUGCAAAAACUCUCAUGGCCUCUUGGCACAAGAGCAAGUAAGAUCACGUCUCCCCUGCUCCUUGUUUUGCUGUCAGAUCGUGUUCCUGUUGCUGAAGUGUAUGGCUAUCUCUGCCUGAGAGAUGGAGGUCAGAAAAGCUGAGAUGGUAAGUGGGUGAAUUACAUCUCCAGAAUACUAAUGUGAAGAUAGAACUCCUGCCAGUUUUAGUGCCCCCAUCCCAGGGCAGACAUUCGUGUGGCAGUCAACACUUGAAUUUGUGUAUGUGGAGGAGAUGCCCUGUAGCUAAAUGAAUGAAGUUCAACAACUGCUGUCAAUCUGCUUUGCAAGCACCCAUGUUCUUGAUGUAAUGGGAUCUGGGAUCUGGAUUCUGGGACUGAUAUACUCAAACUAUCCACUGGACGACUGUCAUGUGCAGUCUAUCGAAAGGUACUAUUUACUGUGACCAUAGGGUUUUAAUGGAAGUCUUCCUGAAACUGCGUGGGAUACAUUGAUCUUGGAUUUAACAGAAUGUCUAACAUAUCCUGUGGAAGACUUACUUAGUGAGUCAUGUCAUGUACCCUUCAAAGGCCAGAACUUGUGGUGGUUGUACCUGGGACAUUGAAGAUUCACAGAGAUCCCCAGGAAAUAAAACAGUCCAAACAAAGACUCCCUGUGUGAUGUAAGAGGGCCCACAGUUGGAGCUGUAAGGAACUAGUUCUCUCAAUGUGGCAAGAUCUUGGCCACCUACAUUGUCUGGUGAACUACUACUGUGGACAAGCAUGACAAGGUGGAGACUAGACUAAAUGAAAUACUUCAGUGCUGAUCAUGUCUGGCUCCUACUCAAAAUUACAAAGUCCAUCCUGGACUCCUUGGUAAUCUGUAUGCAGAAAUUGUCUUGAAGAUCUUAGCCGCACAUCCAGUCUCUUUCUGACAAUGAUGGAAAGACUGACUGGACUAUGACCAGUAUGAAAGGCUUAUUCGGGGAUAAAGGUAAUUAGAUUGCUGAGAUGUAGUAAUUGCUUGCGCUCCUUUGUUUUCUUGGUCACAAAAUGGACAAGCAUUCCAUACCUUUUUCCAGGGGAGAUGAGUAAACAUUGCCUCAUUACUUCUCUGUCUUCCUUCACCGGCUCAUACAGCCAUUAAUCUGACCCACAUUGUCUGGGAUAUAGUCAGUACUUUAGCUCCCCACACCAAUGGAGCUGGCUACAGUUGUCACCACAAUAGGCUUAGUAGCCGAUUGAGCCAUGGAAGGACAGUAAACCUGGAAAGAAACCUAGAUUUGAAAGCAUUUCUGUUAAUUUUGGGAAGGAAAGAGGAAGUAGCAGCUCCCUCUGCCACAGACUUGGGUACUGCAAGUGUCCUAGAGGAAGAUAGGGGAGAAGAGCUCAAGGACUCCUCUGACUUUUUGCUUGAGGUGACAUGAAUUCAAAGAAAACCCCUGCAGUGCCAGAUGUAUUUCUUAAAACAGUCGACACUAGGAAGUUAUCUGAUGCACUUGAAUAACAAAGACACUCCAUCUGUCAUUUGUUGAGCAGUAUUGUCCUACCACAGAUACAAUUGUGGAAUGACUUCUGAGAUGUUGGAAAGGGCCUCGGCCAAAACGACUAAUGCACAGUAGAACUGGUUUAACUGUGAAGUAUUCAAAACUGAUGAAAGACUUACAACAGGGGAGCAGUGAAAGAAACACAAAAGAGAAAUUAAUAAGCAAGUCUGUACUCAAUAAUAAUAAUAAAAAUAAUGCGAAAUGUUGCAAAACAGCAGCCUGGGGCAACUUUCCUUUACCAAAAAAGUACAGCAAAGAAGAUCUAGAGAGGUAGCACCUAUGGUGCGUGACUGGAAGUAGGGAAGGCUCCAGGCAGUCUGAGAAGGUUUUAUUUGCAUAGUCCUAAUGCCUGUGACAUCAGUCCUGCUAUUGCAAAAGGUAAGACUUUUUCAUAUUCGUUGCUGCUUAGGUGCAGUCUCCUAUGGAUACAAAUUAAACCACUCUUUAGCACAUUUUCACAUUCCUGUAUUUUUAUAACCACUAAUAUAUUCAGAAUGCAUGAAUGAGUAGGCAAAUACUGUAAGGAAAAAAAUCAUGUCGUCUUUGAAGCUCUUCUCAUUUUUGUUAAUUUUUUUUAAUGUUUGGCAAAUUAUUUCUAGUAUAUUACUUAAUAUGUGUGAAAAUGAGCUGGAGUUGUAAGUAGCAUGUUGCACAAUGAUUUGUUUUACUCUACUGAGUAACGUUGAGAAGCAAUGCCCGUUUAGCCCUUAUAUUUACUUAUUGACUGAAAUAAUGAUCAGUGAUGAAUCAGUGUAAAGCCAACAGCAUUAUGUCAUGAUUUUUAUAGCACUUAAUCAUAAAUUGGCUAUUUAGACUUCAUGAUUUAAACAGUGCAGCUCUCUGACACUAACAUUAAUAGGCGUUUACAGAAUUUGGUGACAGACUAGUGUUACAUAACCUAGGUGGGCAGCCUUUUUCAGCAAGAGGUCAUAACCAAACAUACUAGCUCAAAAAAAAAACAUACUAGUUCUUCUGUAGUCUUCAUGAUCUUAAUAUGAAUGUCUUGUACAUCUUAAGGUGUUUCCUGACACUAUUUUAGGCAUUCAACACCCGAUAAAUAACAAUGUCCAUAUUUUGUCUCUCUUCAACUAAGGAUAACUUCCAUCUUUAUCAUUUUUUGGUCUCUCUCUCUUUUUUCUUCACCUUUAUUUUUUGCUUCUGUUACGGAAGACCUAUUUGUGUUCAGCAUCUUUUCGCGUAUUUUGGCAGAUUACUUAUUUAACUCUUAUUUUAGAUUGCAUCUGUGACUCAUCUUUUUCACUGUGGUCCAAGCCUAAUUUUGAUUAGUUCUCACCAGUGGCUUUUAUAGAUUUAAUAGAUAUUCUAAGCAAGACCUAUCAACUGUCCAGAUUUUCACAGAAUGUCUAGAUUUUUAACUCUUGUUUUUCGCCUGUCCCUCGUAAUGUUUGCAAUUUUUUAACAAAUCAUUGAAGACUGAAGUCAAUAAAUAAUAGAAAUUUUAAUUGUAGAAUUUCCAUCCUUCUCAAAAUGCAUGAUUGCAUAAAACCUUUUAGUAUGUUAGGUUUCUAAGUUUGUAAAAGCAGAAGUUUAAAAUGUUGGGACAAAGGCCCUAUUUUUGGGAGAGAUAUGGGCCACUAAGUCUUAUGACCAUUUAACUCCUGGCAGUACCCUCCCUCACACUACACCUCCUUUCUCCAGGAGGGUCCUAACAGUCAGUACCAGAUUAAAUUUGUGGCUACCCAUCCAGUCAACUAGGUCAUACUUAAAGGAAGGCAGUGGCUCAUGCUGAUUAACAAGCAAGAAAAGUUUAUAGAGAUGUUGAGAGAUCAUGGAUUACAAAUCUGUUCCUCCCUUGAGUUUUAUUUAUCUAUUGGUGACACUUUUGGUGCUUUCUUUAGUAUUGAUGGUGAUAUUGGACUUGUGGAGGCAUCAGAGGUUCAGGAUAACUGCGUCUCUAAUGGUGUGGUAAGUGAGACAGAAAUCUCCCCUCCAUAGUCAAAGACAACGAAUAAAGGAAUAGAGCUUCCAGCCUCUGCUGGUAACUCAGGGACAUUAGGCUGUGAUCUUUUUGGUUAGGAAUCUUUGAGGGUUUUCCGUUUCUUAGAUAUGUUUAAUGAGGUGCAUCCCAAAGGCACCAUUGUACUCUAUAAUUGGUCUGUUCAGUGCUGAGUAUAAGGGACUGAUUAAUACUUUAGACCAUAAUGCUAUUCCUUUGGAAAUUAGCUGUGUUAAAUAAAAGGAUUUCCUGGUGACAGUUGUCACAUGAUGGUCAAAAGAAAGGGAGGGUUUACCAACCCCCAAGUUUCUAAGUCCCUGAAUACAUUUUCAUUUUGUAGCUGUCUAUACAAUAUGAUGACGAGGGUCGGGUUGUCUACCAAAAGUGUUGAUAAUACAUUUUUUAGCAUUUAGUUUGAUACCAUUUUUAGUACACCAAAAGUUUACUAGGGUAUGUUAAUUCUGGAAGAUCUUUGGGUUGAGAGGGUGACCUAACGUCAACUCUCUGUAUUUAGUAACCUGAAGAGUUUUAGCCAGAGGUCUUGGCUAUCUACUUGAAGAUCUAAGAAGUAAAUGUCAAAAAGCAGACGUCCAAACAAUGAGCACUGAGAGAAACCACAAGUCACUUUCUUUCUUUCUGAUGAGGCAUUUACAAGUCACACUAUGUGGGUUCUGUCUUUCAGCCAGUUUGCUGUCCAUCUUACUAGAGAUGGGCCAGUUUUUAAAGCAUGUAUAUUGCCAACAUGGGGAGGCCAAAAACAGGAGUGUCCCUUUAUCUAUUAUGUCAUUAGCCUAAGUACACAGUUCUGUACUACCCUGUAUGUAAACAUGCCUGGCACAUCGCUGACUGUUCCUUUGGUUUGGCUAAGCCCUUUUUCGUUCCUUCUGUAGUGUGUCCUCAGUCUUCCCAAAAUUACAUAUCAUUUAUAAGGAAGCACUUUAGUCUGUUCCUGCUUUCUAUAGUGUUGUUCACAAAAAAAAAAAAUGAUGUCCAGCAUAUAGUCAUUCAUUACCUCACAGGUUAAUGUGGUAUCUGAAGGCUGAACCCCCUUUUGCCCUGUUAUUAGAACAGUUUCUAAUUUGCUCAUGCUUCCAAGUCCCAGGUCCUCCAAAAGAUACAUAAGUCUUUAAUGUGAGGUCUCCGUUCCCAGUCUGAAGCAAGAGGUUCUACCCUAUGUGGAGGGGGUAUGAUAUUAUAUCAUAAAGCUUGCAUGCCCAAGGAUGUUGCAGUGCUGACUGUGAGGUUUCAUUGGCUACAGCGUCACCAUGUGCUCACAGAAUACUCUAUUUUUGAACCUGUGUAACUCAAUACAGGAGUAGGGGAGAAUCCCCCUUCUGUUUUCUAAGUGAUCAUCCCUUUCUCCAAUCAAACCAGUCAGAGGUCUUGAAAACUAUAUUCUCUUUGUGGUCAGGGGAGCUCAAGGUUCCCCUUGGUUCAAAGAGUAUGGCUUGUUCCAAGAACUGGUAUCAGAUAUUGCACACAUGCUUCUGCAGAGCACCUAAAUUGUGUCAUUGGACAAGGUAGACACCUCCCUCAAGUCUACUCCAGUGGAUACAAGACAGCAUGCUUUGGGGCUUUCAUCCACUCCCCUUGUCUUCACUAAGGAGAUGUCUUUGUGGUCUAAGCUUUGUAAGAAAAGGAACUCCUGUUUGUUUCCUUACCUCAGUCUUUUGAAUGCUUCCUUCAGUGUUCUUCCUUGUGGGUGACUGUAGUUUGGAAAACCGUCUUUUAUACAGCUCAGAAGAAAUCCUCCAUUAGGAUAGCUUAGGACACACUCUAAUAUUGCUUUUUUUUUCUUCCCUUGAAGAGGACCCAGAAAGUAAUGAUUCUGGCAGCAUCAGUGAGGACAUACCAGGGAGUUCUGGGAGAAGUGCUGCUGUGCCUUUUAGAUUUAGUGGCAGUCACAAUCUUUGUGUUACUGUUUGCAUGCCUGAAGAUGUUGCAGUGUUGACAGUGAGGUGUCAAUGACUAUAGAACCACCAUGUUCUCACAGAACUGCUGUUUAUGUUGGCCCCUUUAAUCUAGGUCUUGUGUGGACGAGAAUCACCUCCUAUUUUCUGGAGGGUCUUCCAUUUCUUCAACCAAACCAAUUAAGCUGGUCUUGCAAACUAUACUUUCUUUGCAAGCUGAAGAGCUCAGCUAGGCUCCCUCUUGGUUCACAGAGGGUGGCUUCUUCUAAGAACUUGUGCUCUAUGUAUACCAUUUAGAGCUCAGGGCAGCACUGCCAGCCCUGAAGAGCUUAGAUAAACAGCUACUUUUUGAGUUUGACCACAUCCAGUCUGUCAUGUGAUACUGCAACAAACAAGGGUGCACAAUAAAUAUCAAAUCUACUUCACAUAGGGAAGAAUCACUUGUUUAGAUUUAGGCCGUGCAGUCAGUCAUCCUUGUAUGCACUAAGCCAGGUGUUCAGUAUUCUGUUGGCACUCUAUAUUCAUAGGACACAUCUGGUAAGACUUCCCAGAAUUGUAGCAAUCUGAAGAGCAACCCUUUUUCCAGCCAAAUGAAAGAGACCAUUCCUGCAUGUUUAGUUUACUGAGGCAAGGGAAAUAGUGGUGGAUGGUGGAUGGCUGCCAUGGCAUGUGAGGAUUUUGUGUAGACAUUCCCAUCACUUCCACAUUUUAUCACAAAAUUCAAAGAAGAAAGACCAACAUUCAUUAUUGCCACCUCACAGUGCUCAAGAAAAGGUAUAGUUUCAGGCUUCACAGUUCACAGUGGUACAGGGAUCCCUACCUAUCCUAGUCAGAGGUGCCCACACAGUGUUGGGGGUCAGACAUCUCUACCUUAAGGCUUGGUUCCUUACAGAGAUCCCCUUGUUCUAACUUGUCAACUCAAAUCUCGGAGAUAAGUGAGGGUGUUAGGAACCCAUACAAUCACCAGGUUUAUACUUCCAUUUGGGGACAAUUUUCAGUCUGAGUGAAGUCAUGUGUAGCAUCUCACGCUGUCUGCAUGUGAUCAUGAUGUAUUUUAUACACCUGUAUAACCUGGGCCUCCGUUAUUCCUUAAGUAAGGUAUGUCUGUCUGUUGUUUUGUACAUUAUGACCUUGUGAAUAACAAGAUUAUGACCCAACACCUUCCGGUUAAAUAGUUCCUGAAAAGAGUGCUACAUCUUCAUCCUCCUGAAGAACCUAACCCCCUCCACGGUACCAGAGUGUUUUUAUAGAGGGGUUUGCCCUUCUGCUGUUUGAACCUGCUAGCUUAGUGGGACUAAAUUUUUUUUCUUGAAAACUGCACUUUUUGGUGGCCAUCUUCCUCAUGCAUCACAUUUACAGCUUCAGCUGUAAGUGCAGGUAACCAGAUCUGUUCCUUCAAAAUGAUAUAAUGCCCACUUGAAUGAACUGUCAUCAGCCUUUCAGUUUUAUUGGUAAGCAUAGAAAUGAAGGCAGAGAGGACCCCUCACACCCUGAAUGUACACUUUUAACUAGUCUAAUAUUUGAGGCAGGCUCCCAAAGCUUAGAAAUACAGGCCAUUUGCUUAUCUCAUUUUUCUUCAGGAAGGGAAGAUUUUAUGCUGAUCAAGCAACUGUUUCCUUAGUGGAUUGCCAACUGCAUUAUCUUUUUCCAUUGGUUGUGUGGGUACCCACAGGUAAAUGCUGUAGUCACCGCUGAUUCCACUAGAGAUUAGCUGCAUCCAGUUUUGUUUCAAGAAUGUCUGGAAUAUAAAUGUUUGUGCCACAGCCAGUUGUUAUUUAUUGUUCACCUACACCAAGCAUUAUAUAGUCUCAUCACUGCCACAGAGUUGGACACAUUUGGGAAGUCAUUUUUCCAGUACUUUACCAUUUCAGUUCCAUACUUUUGUGAUCUACUUCCUGCUUCUACUGUUGGGGUAAUCUUUAAAGUUCAGCUACAAAUGGGAGCCAUCAAGGAAAGCCCUCGAUAGCUGAGUCUUUGUUUUCAGUAUCAGUUGAUCAACUAGAGGACCUUUUCUCCAUCCCUGUGAAGACUACGUGGUUCUGUACCAGCUCCUUCCACUGAUGUUCCUUGUAAGUUAGGCACGUCUAUGCUCUUACUUCACUUGUUUAAUGGUGUAGUGGCAAAUGUAUUUAAUUCACAGGAAGGUGCCCACUGGUGAACUCUUGAGCAUAAUUACAUUGCUAGUGCACUACACCAUGGAAUGCAUCAGUACAGGCACAUGGAUGACACUGAAUGCCAGAUUUUGCUCAAAAAUACCAAAUACCAGUUGUUGUAGAAAAAAUAUCAACAUAGGUCCUGUCCAGAAUUGUCCUGUAAUAGGUCAGCUGCUGCAUUAAUGGCAUAUUUUUUGUUUUGAUUUGUGUUGCAAUAGCAUACAUUAUCUCUGCAGUACCCUUUAAUUUUCGCUACAUGCAUUGCAUUGUAAGUGCCCUAAUGCUGUAGUACUGUAAUUAAUGAAACAUUUCUUCAGUAGUUAAUUAGGUCAAAACACCUUGUCUUCACUUAAAUAGCUAAAACUGUAGGUCUAACUUAAGCUUUCUGCAGUGGAUAACGAUUCUUUGUUCUGUUAGCUGCAUCUCUGCAGUUUCUGUCUUUCCUUCCAUUCUCAAGAGUUUAAAUGCCUCCUUCUGGUAAAUGCUUUGGCAUUGAGUGUUAUAUUGGGAGGCCAUGCCAAGCACUGUGCCACCUAGCUCCUUUCUGACAGUCACACAGUUUGGAUCAUAAGAAUUAACAUUUAUCAUGAAAGAGUUCCUUUGUUUAAUGUUUACGAUGCUGAAACUUGCAUAGUAAUCAUGUGGCUGCUAGAUCACAAGUGAGAAUCCACAAACAGCAUUGCAUAUAUAUUGUUUGAGCAAAGAGCAUGAAGUGAAGCUGUUCUGCAAGUACCAGUACUUCAUUAUAGUUAAGUUCUACUUCAAUUAUGGUAGCUGUUUACAGUGUACAGCCAAGUACUAGCAGAAAGACCCUGCACUCCUUUCCAUGCCAGUGCCAGAGCAGUGGGAAAAGGUGAGGGAAGUGAAGACUAAACAUCAGUCAUACCCUUCUGUGAAGUCUGCCCAUGAAUGUUUGAGGAGUUGUCCAUAGCCAGACAAUAAAAAGGAGUUUAAAAGAACUGCACUCCUGCCAACCAGCUUGAAGGGCACUGCAUCCCAGGGUGUCUACAUUUCUUGAGUAUCCAAAGCAUACUUAUUCCAGGUGUAUUUCCAUAGUAGCAUUUCUAGAGUCACAUGGCAUAGGUCUAGUGGUUAGAGUCCACUUUCUAGACAUUUCCCUGACAGUAUUCUUCAAUAUUCUGAGAGCAGAAUCAGAUUUUACAAGUUCACAAAUCAUUUAAUUUUUGAUGUGAACAAGUACAUUCUCUAGGAACAUGAGAUGAUGCCAGCCUAAAGCCUUUACAGGCAUUUCCAGACUGCCGCUUCUCAUAAGUGCUUUCUUGGGUGUCAGACUCUUGUGACUCAACCCACUGUGUUUGCCUUGUAAGUAUUGACCAUCAUACUCUGGAGGUGGUCUUGAAGGGCUACUCUGUCCUCCCAGGAGGGGAUUCAGAGGAACAAGAGACCCAUUUUCCUGAGACAGAUGAAGACAGUAAGUCUUUUCGUGAUUAUAGUUCUCCUUAGAUUACCCCACCUUUUUGGGGAUUCUUGGGUUUGUAGUUCACUGACAAGAACUUUGUCUCACAACUAAAGAUUGCAGUCUUGACUUCUGCGAAUUGUCUUUGUGGGGUCUGUAUGUUCUCUGCAUGGGUUACUAUGGAUAUUUCACCUUCCUCCACAAAACCUGCUAGUUGAAAUUGUUUCUAUCCAUCUAUAUAUUAUAGAUAUAUAUAUAUAUAUAUAUAUAUAUAUAUAUAUAUAUAUGUGUGUGUGUGUGUAUACACACACACAAACACACAUAUAUAGUACUUAUCUAUACACUGGGCCAGCUUACUUGGUUAAGAAAUGAUGCAUGAAUAAAGUCCCAUAAAGAACAUGACCUUUUGGAUCACUCCUCCCAUGAUAGACCCUGUCCAUAAAGAUGCUUCCUUUGUAGUCUAGAAGUGUGCAAAUUCUACACCAGAGUAGCUUGAUGCCUUCUACAAGCACCUAGCAAUAUACAGAGAAAUCCCAACCUAGCAUCUUGAGCUAGACUCCUGUAUAUUUUUUUUGAUGCAGCUUAAGCUUCACAGAUUUCCACCUUACCACUUAAUAGCAUUGGACAGAGUCAGCAGAACAGUGUUUUUCUUUCCCUUGCUAGGGAUUAAGUUACACGUUUCAUUUCUGUAGUCUUGGAUCCUGUACUGCUGAGUAGACCAAGCACUGGAGAAUGCUGGCAGACAUCCCUGACUUAACAGUCUUGUUUAAGACCCUUACUACUGUAUGAAUACUCAGUUUGUAUGUAUUCUGCCAUAUGUUUGUUGUUGAUGUUUCUGCUGCAGGCUCAGUAAUGUGUCUGUGCUAGCAUAAUGUGGCAUAGAUAUUUUCUCACUGAAUGAUGAGUUCAGGAAUGCCAUGCUGGUUGCCCUCUGUGAGAAGGUCUCCCAUGAAUUGUUUCAAGAUAUAUAAAAAAGAAACAGAAAUGGACAGUUAUCACUGUGAGGGGUGUAUUUUACAAUAUCUUGCAGGCCUUCCAGAUAUCCUGGGAAGAGGUUGUGCUCAUGUGAAAUGCUGUGGGCUCACAAGCACCAGGCAGCAUUGCCUCAUCUGAAUCUGAUAGAAGAAAAGUGUAGAAGGGCAUCUCCUCUAGCCCAGCAGUUACAGUCCUGACAGCUGACCAGGACUUGCAAAUAGCGGUAAGUUCCCUGAGUUCAGUUCAAAUUGGAGAUGCAUCACAAAAGACUGUUGUUUCAGUGGUCAUGGAAAGCUGCGUAUUAGAGCUUUUAGGUGCUCCAAGAAAGAGCACUGUUAACAUACCAAAGCAUCUUCACACAACUUCUGCAACAAACAUGGACUGUACUCUUAGUUGGAGAAUGGUAAAUGGUUCUCCUUUCAACAUUUCCUUGUUCUGAAGACCGUGUGAAACAUACUUUCUUGCCAUCCUUGACUUAUGCAAGCACAUCAGAGACAGAAAGAGUCACAGUAAUUCAAGUACUAUAUGAUUAAACAAAUAUAUACUUCAUGGGAAGGACAAGAAACGGGAAAGAAGUGAAACUGCAGAAAAAAUAACAUUUAUCCAGAGCAAAUCUUUCUUGCAUUAAUUCAUCAAACAUUCUCAAGGCAUCUCAGUGUUAUGUCCCUUUGGGAAUAAAGUGUUAUAUCUUAAAAUAAAUUGGUCUUCCACAUUGUAAGUCUAAUAGUUUGGGUCCCUGCUUGGCAAACAUGGCUUACCAAUAACCAAAAAAAAAAAUUAAAAGCAUUAAAACUGUUCUUCAUAACUGUCUGCUGCAUGUACAGCCAUUAUACUUUGCAUACUCAUUCACUUUACAUUUGAUUUGUCCUGUAUAGAUGAUAAAAAAAUAACUUUAACAGAGAAAAGUGAUUGCUGGCAUUUGCUGGUUUCCUUCAGUUUCAUAGCUUUUUACCAAAGGAGAUAUCACCUAGUACCGGUCAGAGACUAACAGUGUGACCCAUUAAAUAGAUGCUAUCCAAAUAUCCCUGGUGAAAAUUUGUGAUCACCCAUCCAGUCACCCAGAUUAAUUUUAAAAGUUGUUAUGGAAGUAAUCUGACAGGAAGGGGCAGCCUGUUCAAGAAACAGGGUACACUCUGUUAGUUGUGUGUCAUGCCAUCUGGUGGUACGUUAUUGGUAACUGAUGUCAUAGUGUAGGUUUAGGGCUCUAGAAUGGAUGUUUGCUUUAAUACUUGUUCUAUUUAGGUGAAGCCUGAAGGAGUUCAGAGAGUCUGGGUCAUUCAUAGCACAGAAAUCUACACAAGGAUAACAUUGGGAAGAGGGAGAGAGUUUUUAGUCUAUCAGAGAAGCUAAGGACACUACAACUGAGAUCUUUUUUAGUGAGGAAACAUUGAGGUCUAUCAAUCUGGUUUAUGAUCUUGGUGAGGUAUAUGCAGAAGGUGCACUAUAUAAAAAAAGGGAUGAAUACAGUGGAACUAGGAUGUCUCUGAACCUUGAUAAUCAGUGCAAUGUAAAGGAAUUCCUAACCAUCACAGAAAUGUGUUGGGCUAAGGAGGGACCAUUAUUAUACAUACCCAGAUUCAUAUUUAACUGGAAUGUUAUCUGUAUAUUAAGCAGUAGUGAUACUGGACUUACCAGAGGAAACUGCAUUGCUUGGUGUUGAUGGUAAGUCCAUGAUUAAUGAACCAAGCAUUUGUUUGGCCAAGCUCCUGCUAGAGAAUCUUAGAAUUGGAAUGGGAUUGGAUAACCACCCCAAGUGUGCAGUUGUCAGCAAACUUGGUUAGCCAUAAUCCCUUAAUGUUCGCUUUUAUGUCACAAAAGUGUAUAUACCACAAAGGAGGGGAACCCAGGACAGAGCCCUGUAGGAUACCACUAUGGCAUUUUUUUUUCUGUUAGAAUAAAUAUGCCUAACCUUAACAGUAUGGGUUCUGUUAGACACACAGUUACCAAUUCAGCAAACUCUGUAUGUGUCAAUAUUGAGCUAAGAGAGUUCGUCAAUAAUCCUAGUAAGGGAGUUGUGUCAAAGAUAAGGUCCAGUAUACAGUGUGGAUUGUGUGCUCCUUGUCCAUGACUUUAUUAACCCUUUCAAAAAAACAACCAGGUUGAGCAGGCUUGAGCUUUUCACAAAGCUGAACUGGUGUAUUUUCAUAGAUAUAAAGUCACAUAUGUCAUUGUUUAUUAGUUUAACUGUAAUACAUUCCAUAUCUUUGUAAUAAUACUAGUGAGACUAGCAGGCCUGUAAUUGCCAUAGUCCAUAGAUUGACCACAUUUAUGUAAGGGCACUACAAUGGCCAUUCUCCACUCCUCUGAGGCAUAAGCUGUUGGGAGACUCAUGUUGAAGGGCUAAUGCAAGGGUUUUGCCAAGUAGGAUUUAUUCUUCUUAGCAGGUAUCCAGAGAUAUUUUCAGGACCCUUGGAACUGCUAUUUUCAAUUUUGGAGUGUACAAAAAGCACUUGAUCCAAAUUGUUCUCAGUAGGAGAGGUGAAAAUGAAUUCAAGCACCUGUGAUGGGAAUAGAAUCCACAGCCUUCUGAUAGGUUUGUAGGUUAUUACUAGGCUAAUGACCACUAUGGCCUUUUACAAGCCUAGCCAUGCACACCAACCCAUUUUGUGCCCAAAUACCUUGGGUAUCUGUUGGCUGGAUGUCAGUAAGGAGGUGGCUAAGGGAUUUGUGUGAAGGGGGAUGUGAAUUAGGGAAUGUUUUUACUUACUGACCACCUCUAUCCAUCAGAGACAUGGAAGCCAAACCAGGGACGAAUUUGCAAUUUCCCAUCCAAUGGUCAAGGUUUUGUUUGAAUAACAUCAGGGAUGAACUCUGCUUCACAUAGAUGGGUUGCCUGUUCUGUAACAUGGGGAUCCUUUGAGUCAGAUAUCUGUCCCUCCAGUAUGUUCUAUCACAAGUGAAGUUCAAAUCCUGAUCUUCCAGCAUAAAAGGCAAGUGUCCAUCAUGUUGUCCCACUGACAUUUUCUUGAUAGUGCUGGGCCUCACUAUUGCAGGUCUCAGAAUUUCAAUAGGGAGUCAGACUUCAGGGCCUUUGCAUUUAGACCUCCAUCCUGUUGCAGCGAGUCAUAAGGUUUAAUCAUACUUUGGACUGGGAUUCCUCCUAGAGCUACUUAUGGCAAAAGGCUUCCGAAGUCCAGUAAAACAGAUAUAUACUCAGUAUAUCAGCUGACCUGGGAGAAAGCCUUCUGCAGUGUAUGCACAUUACCAUCCCUGGUACUGGGCUGGUCUGGUCUGUCCCAUCCUAUGAAAGCAAAAGGCUUUUCUACAAGUCAAGCAAUUAUUUAGUUUGCUAGACUCGUGUGUGUGUGUGUGUGUGUGUGUGUGUGUGUGUGUGUGUGUGUGUGUGUGUGUGUGUGUGUGUGUGUGUGUAGUGUCUUCUUGACUUACAGAUUAUGCUUGCUUAAUGGAUGGUAGUUAAGCUGAAUGGCAUAGCGGGGCAUGCUCUCAUGGUCCCAAUGGUGACAGUGUGGCUUGUGCUGGUUGGAAGUGUGCAUGUCCUAGAACAUAAUAUAAGAAAGAGAGAGAGAUAUUGCUGAGCUGAGGAUAGCAGAACAUUCUAACAAUAGCUGUUGUGGUAUGUACUGUUGUAUUCGCUGGAGUGUGGGGAGUGCCUUCUGUGUGGAGUCUGCAUGUCCUCCCUGCGGUUGGAUGGGCAUUCGAAAGACAUGCGUAAAUGGGCUUGCCUUCGUUGAAGGUUGGAUGUCG